CGCCGUCGCGUUCUCGCCAGGCUCGUCGUCGCAGUCAGCUCUGUCUGAAUGUUGUCUCGCCAGCCAACAACUUGGCCCACUUUCAGUUUAUAAUUACUUUUCAAUUAACUACCUAAUGUCUUCGAAUUUUCGUUGCUUUACAAACACGGGCGUGUGUUGCAUAGAAAAUGUGCGAAAGUUCACAUUUCAACGCGUUACAUAAUGUUUGGUUCGUUCUUUUGUGUCCUAAGUGUCGUGAUUGAACAAAAUCUCCUAUCUGUGUACCUUAUUUGUGAUAUCAAGAAAUUAUUUUAAAAAUUAAAAUAUAAUUAAUUUAGUCAAAUUUCCAAAUUAUUAUAUAACAAAAACCACAACCAAACAACUAUCGCGCCGCAUCAUUCAUUUCAAGGUGCUGAGCAGCUCGUUUCGAUAAUCGGCAAACAAAAAUAUGGAUUACGUAACACUUGUGAACACUGCACUCCAGAACUGAAACACGGCAGCUUUUGGAACGAUUUUCACGGGAAAACAGCAACAGCAACAGCAACAAAUUAUAAUGGCGGCCAAGUGAAAGUCGUCGCACAUAGAAGCACAUUCAGCAGCCAACCAGAUUGAGUCGUAAAGUCGUAAAUUAGCUGCCCGUGGAUUCGUUACGCCUGCAUUAUAUGUACAAAGCGCCGUGAAGUUGGCAACACAAUUUAGUAUUUAUGCGCACAAGUGAUAACAGGGACGCAGGGCGCACAAGCAAAGUCAGGCAGUAAACUCAACAAGGACCAACGGCAGGAGGCGUGCAACAUGAAGGGCUUGACGGCGUUUAAGGAGAAGGCGGCGGGCGUUUUUAGCGGCUUGAAACCGAAUAUUGAGAAAUUCGAAAUAUCCCAGAGCUAUCAUGGCGGUCAUGGUGGCUACGAGGAAAUGGAGGGCGGCGACCGCGAGGGCACCGGACCCGGUGGCGGACAUGCCUACGACGACGACCGGCCCGACUCACCGGCCUCCUUCGAGGAAAUCGAACGUCCGCCGCUGCGAAAAAUCGACAAAUACUGCAAGCCCGAAUGUCCCUGCAUGCCCGCCCGCUACACCAUCGCCACAAUGGCCUGCGUAGGAUUCAUGAUUGCGUUCGGCAUGCGCUGCAAUAUGUCAGCAGCGAAGCUCAAGGGUGAGCACAAUGGUACCGUUUUCAUGAACUGGACUGUUGCUGUGGAGAGCCAUGUGGACUCGUCGUUCUUCUGGGGCUAUCUGAUUACGCAAAUACCCGGCGGCUUCAUUGCAUCCAAGUUUCCGGCCAACAAGAUUUUCGGACUCUCGAUUUUCUGCUCGGCAGUAUUACAUCUCUUUGUGCCCUACGCGAUGACGCUGGCCCAUGGCCAUGUGGUUAUAAUGGUGCGCGUGGUCCAGGGACUGUGUGAGGGCGUAACCUAUCCGGCUUGCCACGGCAUCUGGCGUUUUUGGGCGCCUCCCAUGGAACGUUCUCGUCUGGCCACGCUGGCCUUUUCCGGUUCCUAUGCAGGCGUCGUCGUCGGUUUGCCUCUCUCUGGACUGCUGGCGGACAACAUAAGCUAUAGGGCGCCGUUUUAUGUCUAUGGAAUAUUCGGAGUCGUUUGGUUUCUUUUCUGGAACUGGCUCUGUUUCGAGAAUCCGCGCAAACAUCCCGCCAUCAGCAUACCGGAGCUGAAGUACAUUGAGAAAUCGUUGGGCGAGUCCGCGCAUCCCACAAUGCCUUCUUUGAAGACAACACCCUGGAGGGAGAUAUUUCGAUCGAUGCCUGUCCACGCCAUUAUUGUGGCCAACUUCUGUCGCUCGUGGAACUUUUAUCUGCUGGUGCUCUUUCAGUCGUCCUUUCUGAAGCACAAGUUCGGCUUUAAGGUGGAGGAGGCGGGCUUCGUGGGCUCCCUACCUCACUUAAUUAUGACCACCAUUGUGCCCUUCGGUGGCAUGUUGGCCGAUUAUAUUCGCAAGAACGGCAUCUUGUCCACCACGAAUGUGCGCAAGCUCUUCAACUGCGGCGGGUUCGGCAUGGAAGGUCUCUUCUUUCUAUUUGUGGCGCACUCGGACACGUCGACCGGCGCAAUGUUCGCGCUUACCUGCGGCGUGGCCUUCAGCGGGUUUGCCAUUUCGGGUUAUAAUGUCAAUCACUUGGAUAUAGCGCCGCGAUAUGCCAGUAUUUUAAUGGGCUUGUCCAAUGGCAUUGGCACAUUGGCGGGCAUUAUUGUACCCUACGCGUUGGACGGACUCAUCCAGCGGGAUCCACAUGGCUGCUGGACCACCGUCUUCACCCUGGCUGCCUGUGUUCAUCUGAUUGGCUGCACUUUCUACGGCAUUUUCGCCUCCGGUGAGCUGCAGCCCUGGGCGGAGCCUCCGGCCGAAGAGAAGCAGGUGUGGGCGCCACCGGUGGGCGCCAUUACCAACGACGAUCCCAGCCAAGCGGGCAUGCUGGGCGCCUACAUGAAAGAGACCUCAUUUGGCACUCCCCCUCCCGCGUACAACGAACAGAGUCAAAUGCAACAAUCGAAUGCCAUUAGCUACGGCGCCACGGGCCAUGUCGCGAACAAUCCCUUCGCCAUGACUGCCAGUGCACCCAUAGUCGAGGAACCUGUUCAGCCGUACACGGAUAAUGCCAACACCGGCUACGGAUAUGACUUUGCGCAAUCGACAGCGGAGCCUACUAAUCCCUACGAACGACAGUCCUACAAACAGGAGUGAGCGGAGUUGCAAAAUAACCGAAAUAUCAUACCUUUUAGUUGUAGUUCGAAUUGUUUGUUCUUGAUGUGCCGUUAAAGUUUUCAUUCUUUAUUGUUAUUGUAUAUACUAUAUAUAUAAAAUAUGGGUAACUAUAAACACAUAUACAUGAAAGACCAUGAACAUGUUCAAAACGAAACUCCUUACUAUUGGCAAGUAGGGCCAGUUAAUCGAAUUUCAACGCAGCAUUCAUCAAUUUACAAAACACACUAACACAUUGAAACUAUGUACCUUAAAUGGAACAAAAUGAACGCAUACAUAUACGUGUACUACGAAUCAUACGAUACUUACUACUCCAACAUGGCAAGACGACCCAAAGGUUAAAUACAGUGAGUAUACAUGCAUAUAUCCGAGUAUGUACAAAUAUGAGGCUCAACUCUAGUUGCAAGUUCAAUAAGAAAACCGUGGUCAGACAUGCAGAUAGUUUGCGCACUCAACACUCAACGAAUUUAAAAGGCUCUCAUGGAGUUAAUUUUAAUAAAUUUGUAAUCAUUAUAUUCUAGUGCCGUUUUAGAUUUAUCUUUCAUGGUCUGCUUGAAGGAGUUUGGGGAAUUUGUGUGCAGAUUAUUUGGCUGUUUGACCAUAGCAUAGCGAGCAUAACUGUGUAUAUCAUCUCGACAUAAUCCAGACAUGCACCACGUCUCAAACAUCAAAAGCAUUAAAUGUAAAUUAUAAAGAAAAACUAUAUAAAUCUAUAAGCUACUAUCUAUUGAGAAAAUGUUAAGUAAGCCAAGUUUUAUUACCGUUGAAGAUAUUACUAUAUGUGUAUGACAGCAAUCAGUUCUGAAUAGACAGACCUACACAGACAUGCAAGCAUACAAACAUACAAACAUACAAUUACAAAUAUAAUCAUUUAUCUCUAGGCACAGGACUAGACACAAGUACGUUUUAAUCAAAUUCCCCCCCAAACAAUAGACAAUUGUUGAUGUUCGGCAAUUUGCAGUGUUAAUCAAAUAUUUGGAGUCCGAUUAUGAAAUUAAUGAUAUGCCUAAGUACUUAAGUAUUACAUGUAGGUAGUUAGCCGUAGAAGCAUACGUAUAACCUCAGAAUUGGUCUUCAUAAGCUGUUCAGAAUAUUCAAACUUUUGCAUCUACAUUCGGCCAUUUUAGAUAUACUGCUUACUUAUAUAGUGUGUAUAUAAUCACCAGACUUAGGCAGGUAGGAGGUGGUUCCUUAGUGCGGAUUAUUCCCACUAAGCAGAAAGCUCUACCAAUCUACGAAUAUGUUAAAAUUUAUGCGAAAAUGGUUGUGUGUUGGCUUACAUUUGCAACUUCAAAGGAACAUGUUUAAGAUUUUAUCAAAAGCUGAAGAAACCUUACUUUAAGCUACUAAACUCCGCUCUUGGUUUUAAAAUACAACCACUAUCAAUGCACAGAACUGCCGCCAUUUAGAUGUAGGGACACAUUUCAAAAUAAAACGCUCAUGCCACAAUAAGUACAUUUUACAAUUCAUUUUUGCAAUCGAAGUCGACAUAAAUGGAAUUAAUUGCAUAUAAAUUGCUUUAGAAACAAAUAUUUUAAUUAAUAGAAACAUAAAACCUUACAGAAUUUCUCAAGUCUUAAUAUUUAAAUUCAAAAAUAUACGCAUUUUUUGUUCAUGAUGGAUCCCAUCUUUUUCCCAACAAGUGUUAGAGUAUUUAAACGAUUUUGUUAGGCAAUUGAUAUUUGAAAUUUUCAGCUUCGUAGCAUUUUGAAAGUGGAAUUGAAAGUCAACACACAAUAAAUAAAUUAGCUUAACGUUAAAACACUCACACAUAUUUCAAGUAUUCCUAUAUAUUAUUCAAUAAACUAGUUGCUGCAAAGUUAUAAUUGCGGCCACUACAUAAAUACUACAAGUAUAAUGCAAAUAUAAACAUACAUAAGAAAAAAGAGCAAAGAUUUUACUGUACAGAAGUAAUAUUAAAUUUAAAAUAUUCAAAAACAAAAUAGCUAAACAUAAAGUUUUAAGGAUUAACAUCGUUCUUCUUCAUACCAUGCUCAGUUUUUGAUUUUUUGUUUAAAGUUUAAGCUCGUUCCCCAUAAAUGUUGUCAGCCAUUACACAAAUAGAUGUAAGGGAUAAUAACUAAAGACAAUUAAUAAGCAUAUAGUUAGUUAUAUUAUUUACAGGUUUUCCUUUUGUGUAUUUCAAGUGAAUAUUAGUACUCGUUUAUAAAUUGCUUUAUUGUUAUUGUAUUUUUAAGUUACUUGCGAGUUGUUCCUUUAGCAGUAAUUUGUAUAUGAACAAUUUUGAUUUGGACGCAGUUACUUUUGAAUAGAGCGCAAGCGGAUGUAUUAAAGAAACUAUAAAGCUACAUUGAUAAACUGUAUGAUAUAUAUAAAUGUAUUUGUCUAGCCACAAGUAUUACAAAGUUAUUCACAAUUAAACAAAAUAUGUAUUAAAAAAUGUGAACAUUUUCUAACUAAAAGAGUCAAUUCUUAUAUCGUAAUUUGUACAGCGCAGCCAAUAAAGAAUAGCUAUAUGGGAAUAGUCUAGAGGGUAAUCAGAUAAUUAAUUCAUUUUAAACACUAUGUACAUCGUAGUCUCAAUAUAUAAGAGUAUAUAUAGUGUGUUGUGUGCGAAUCCGAAAGCCAACAACGAGUAUGGAUCGAGACACACGCGUGCUAUAUGCUCGUAUAUAUAAGUAAUCGAAUAUAUGUAAUAGGUGUUUGCUCAUUAAAACAAAGAUAUGGACAAUGCUUAUAAAACUGCUUGUGCCAGCGACAAUAUUUGAAGUAACACAGACAGUAGGAAUAUCUGUUCGUUUAGAGGAAAUUGUAAACGAGUCUGGCCUGCGGGGCGUAUGUGUAAUAUUAGGAUAAUUCGAAAGCAUUCUGUAUAUAAGAGAGCAUACCAUUAGCAAAUGCUGCAAAAAACUAUAAUUAAAUUAUCAGUUUUUUUGUUAAGGAUAAUAAGGGCCAAUGUCCACGAUGCCAAAGCACGUGUUCAUGGUCUGAUUUGCCAGACGAUGGCUUUAUCGUAUAAUUAUAAUAUGUUUUUCGGGAGUGAGAGACGCACAAAGCUCUCAUGGCUGUGUGGACAAUAAUAACAGAGGAUGUUAACAAAAAGCCACAGUGUUUUAUGUUUAACUUAAUCGAAGCCCUUAGCGAGAGCUAUACUUAUAAAUUAACGCACAUAUACUAUAUACAUAUAGCAAGUAACCAAAGAACAUAUAAUCCCCAAACAAAUUAAGCAACUUCAAAUUAAUUGAAACAAAGAAUGGAUAGCAUGCGUGUACAUAUUAACUAAUUGACAUCAAUAAAUGCUUUUGUGAAUAAUAUAAGUGUACAUACAUGAAACGAAACCAAACGAAAUAGAACUACACCGAUCCAAAGGAUUGCUCAUUAUUAUCAUUACUUACAAAUUUUACGGCAUAAUACUGCAUAUAAUAUUGUAAUCAUGUCAGCAGCAUUAUUUCAUUGCACUUAUCUAUGGCUAAAUAAACUACAUUCGCACUUGCCGAGCACUUAAGAACUAUACAUAGUCGCUAAGCACAACAAUGAUAACAAAAUUGUUUGCACGAAAUUCAUAAAUUUAAAUUUGAAAAAAGCUAAAUAUUUACGUCUAUGCAUUAUAAUGUUCAAUCCAACUCGUUAGUAAAGGACAACAGGUUGAAAUAGAACUUGCAUUAUUAUUUCUCCCCCUCUUCUCUAGAACCCAAUAAAAUUCCGCAAGCUGAUUGAUUUGUAAAAUUAAUUAUUAUUGAAACACAGUGUAUAUACGUACUUAAUGAAAUAAUUCAACAUAUAUACAUUAUUCUUCAUGUUUAUUGAGUGUUCUCUUAACUUAAGUGCACUAUUGGACCCCUUUUCUGGCAACACCCGCCCAUGUUGUAUAAUUUGUAUGAUAAUGCUAGAAAAAAUUGAAAAGUUAUAAUUCACAACGUAUGUUAAAAACAUAAACUCACCUAUAAAUAAAUAUAUAUUUAAAGAGAACGUAUAGAAAAUAUUGCAAAAAUUUAACAGUUGAGCAAAGAAAAUCAGAAAUCAAAAUUUAAAUAACGACACAAUGAAAUGUUGAUUUUAAAAAAUGUAUUUAAUAACGCUUUAGUUGUCGGCAUUUACACAAAUACGAGUAAUCUCCUGCUGUUCCAAAAUGAUUCUGUUCGAUGAUAUACUCAAUGCAAGGGUAGAAGAAACGUAAAUCCAACAGAAACCCCAACUCAUUUAAGCCCCAAACAAAGAACUACAAUAUGCACUAAAAACAUUCAAACGAGUAUGUACGUAUAUCUAAAGAGCCAACAAACUAUACCUAACAAAUGUAUUUGGAAUUCAAUAAAAGACACUUUGAAAUUAUACCAAA